CACCCCACAAACGAACCAAAACAUUCUUUCUUGCACUAAGGAGCAACUGCAGACAAACAAGGUGUCCUCUCUCCUUUGGGGUUUCUCAGGACAUUGGACUUGAUGGAGGGGAUAGCUCCCAAUUCAUGUGCAAGGACAGUUUUAGAGAAGAAAGCAAGGCCACAAGAGCAACUGAAUUGUCCAAGGUGCAAUUCAACCAACACAAAGUUUUGUUAUUACAACAACUACAGCCUCACACAACCCAGAUACUUUUGCAAGACUUGUAGAAGGUAUUGGACAGAAGGAGGGUCUCUGAGAAAUGUCCCAGUUGGAGGUGGUUCAAGGAAGAACAAGAAGGUCACUUCAGUAGCAGCCACAGCUUCAUCAUCAUCAUCAUCAAAGGUUCCAGACCUAAACCCACCAAACCUCUCAGCUAUUUCUUCCCAAAACCCUAAGAUAAUGCAUGGAGGCCAAGAUCUCAACCUAUCUUUCCCAGCUAUGGACAAGUAUCAUGGCAUGCCCCCUUAUGUUGAGAUGCAAAACAGUGACACCAGUCAUCACCAAAACUCUUCUUGUUCUGCUGCUCCAAGUUCUCUUUCAGCUCUUGAACUCUUAAGGUCUAGCAUGGCAUCUAGGGGUUUGAAUCCUUAUGCUCCUUCUUCCUUGAUGCCAAACUCAAAUAACAAUGCCCUUUACCCAUCAGGGUUUCCCAUGCAAGAAGUAAAACCAAGCCUUGGCUUUUCUUCAGUUGAUGGGAUUGGGAACAGAUCAUAUGAUCAUAAUCAGGUUCAAGAGAGGGGUAGUGGCAGAGUUUUGUUCCCUUUUGGAGAUGUUAAGCAGCUUUCUGCUGCAGGUGCUGAAGUGGAACACAAUAAAGAACAAGGGAAUUCAAGUGGAUAUUGGACUGGAAUGAUUGGUGAAGGGACAUGGUAAGAAAAGAAAGAAAUGGGAAGACAAAGGAAAAUUAAGAACAUGCAUUAAUAAUAAUAUCAUCUCACAUAUUUUCUUUAUUUUGAUCUUCCCUAUUUUUCUCUUUUCACAAUAUGGAUCAUUUGUCUGAAGUUGUUCAGAACUAACAAUAGGACACACAUGGUUAAUUACUUUGUUUUGUACACACUGCCUUUGUUUCUUUGGGAGAAAAUGUGACUUGUUUUACAUUUUAAAAAUUAAAGAUAGAAGAAGAGGUGAAUAUUGGGCCUGUUUUUGUCCACGGCAUGCAAUUCCUAUAUUCAUGAAUUCUUCUGUAAGGAGUAGCAAUUUGUGUAUUAAAUUUUCAAAGGUUUGGUUCAAAGGACUUUUGGGGUGGUGAAGG